AACAUUAAAAUCUCCAUUACUCCAUCAAACUAAACCAACAAGAAAAAGCUCUUUAUUUCUCCUUACUAUUAAUAACCAGCAUACAUAAAUUUUAAUUUGGCAGUGUCCAAGGAAAUUAAAACAUGGCAGUUCCUCACGUACUUAUUUUUCCGUUGCCUCUUCAAGGUCCUGUAAAUUGCAUGCUAAAACUAGCUGAACUCUUAUGCCUUCACCAAGAAAUUCAUAUCACUUUCAUCAACACUGAAUAUAUCCAUCAACGCCUGAUGAAUUAUACGGACGUUGUAGUCCGUUUUGCGAAAUAUCCCAACUUCAAAUUUGUGACAGUUCCAGAUGGACUUCCAGAAGAUAAUCCAAGAAUUGGAGACCAAAUAAGGAAGAUUAUUGAAGGUGUAGAGAAAGUGAGUAGCCCACUUUUCAAAGAGAUGGUUAUGACUACUAAUUCUGCUCCAACUUGUCUCAUAGUUGAUGGUAUAUUUACAUUUGCUCUUCCUAUAGCAAAAGAGGCUAAAAUCCCACUUCUUUAUUUUGAUACUAUAAGUCCUUGUUCUCUCUGGACUUAUUUGGCUCUUCCAAAACUUAUUGAAGAUGGAGAAAUUCCUUUCAAAGGAAAUGACUUGGAUGUAUUAGUAAAUGGUAUGCCAGGAAUGGAAGGUGUGAUGAGGCGCCGAGAUCUUCCUAGUUUCUGCCGAACACCUGACGUUGAUAUCCCAAUUAUCAAACUUGUAAUCAAGGAGGGCAAACACAUUGUACAAGCCCAAGGUCUAAUAUUCAACACAUUUGAAGCCCUUGAAGGGCCUAUUCUCUCACAAUUUCGAGCUCUAUGUCCAAAUAUCUAUGCCAUUGGGCCUCUUCACACUCAAAUGAAGGCAAAAUUAUCUUCCCAACGUUUGCCAAACACACCAACAUCCAACAGCAUAUGGAAAGAGGAUAUGAGUUGUAUAGAUUGGCUCGACAAACAACCCAAUAAAUCAGUUCUAUUUGUCAGCAUUGGAAGCCUUGCCACAAUGAGCAAGGCACAAUUCUUCGAAUUUUGGUAUGGUUUGGUCAAUAGUAACACUCGGUUCUUGUGGGUCCAAAGGCCCGGUUCAAUUAUUGGACUUGAAGACGACAACAAUAAUGUUCCUAUGGAAUUGGUGGAAAGUACAAAAGAGAGGGGGUGUAUUAUUAGUUGGGCUCCACAAGAAGAAGUGCUAGCUCACCCAUCAAUUGGUGCGUUUUUAACGCAUACUGGGUGGAAUUCAACUUUGGAAAGUAUAGUAGAAGGAGUGCCAAUGAUUUGUUGGCCCUAUUUUGUUGAUCAACAAGUAAAUAGUAGGUAUAUUGGGGAGGUGUGGAAGCUUGGACUAGACAUGAAAGAUGUAUGUGAUAGAAUCACAAUUGAGAGGAUGGUGAGAGAAGUGAUGGAUGUGAAGAAAAUUGAAUUUUUGGAGAGGGCAAAAUAUAUGAGCGACUUGGCAAUAGCAAGCGUUGGUGAAGGUGGCUCUUCAUACCAAGAUUUGGACCGAUUAAUUGAGGAUAUUAGGCUGAUGAGGAUAUAACAACCUCACAUGCCUAGAUAAUUUGUUAUGAUGCUCUAUGGACUAAAGUGAUGUCUUUCAUUUGGUCAAUAAAUGAUGUUUGAUUUUCUUUACUUUGUUUAAACAAGCACUUCAUGUGGAUAAUUCAAUGGCUUGGGUAAAAUUGUAUUGUUCUGA